CGAAGAAAUCAGUUCAACAUGAAUUCUUUUGUGUGUGUACUACUGCUCGCAGCCGUGGUGGCAGCUGAACCUCCUCAAUACAGAUUCAGAUUCCAGAGACAACAAGUUGACUCUGGUGCCGACAGCGUGGCUAUUGCCUCGCAAAAUGGAGACGCCCCUUACGCUCCAGCUGGUUUCAGACCAGCAAAGGAAUUCAACUUGCCGCCUCGCCAAGAAGCUUCUCCACCAUCAACAUCAUACGGUGUGCCUGAUGACAGCUACGGUGCUCCUCUAAAAACAUACACGGCUCCUCAGACGGAAUACGGUGUCCCUAGCACACAGUACGGAGUUCCAGAACAAAAUGAAACUGAGGAUAAGGAAGAAGUUGAACAGAAGGAAGAAAUCGUUAAAGAAGAGAAGGCUGAAGCAGUGAAAGAGAAAUUAGAAGAAGAACCAAAGAAGGACGCUGAAGUAGUGAGUGCUCAAGGUGUAUACUACGUGCUGCUGCCUGAUUCCCAGCUCCAGAGAGUGCAGUUCCAGACUGAGAACGACCCCAGGAACAUGGCGUACACAGCCCGUCUCCAGUACAAGAACGAAGACCGCGCCCCGUUGUACGUCUACACCGCAGUGCCCCAAUAUCCGUCCGCAGCUUACGUUCAAUUAUUCUAAUUUCUAGCCCUUUCAACCAAUGUUACCCAAACGGAUGCAAUUUAGAUUUGCCAGGAUUAUACGAGAUCCGAUACAGAGAUACGGAAAUACCGUUUUUCAAACGAAUUUAUUGUUCAGUGUCGUUACCCGAUAUUUAUACAGAAUCGUUUUCAAUGCGGUAAUAACCACCAAAUAUAUUUUUAUGUAAUUUAUUCGGGACGUUGUGAAUAAAUGUCUUUGUU